UCGUGAAUUAUUUGAAGUUUAAUUGAGCAAGCGUUCAUCAGAUCAUAAAGCGCCAUGAUCUAACAGAUUUAAUAGGAAAUACAGAUUCAUUGCAAAUAUAGUUUGGUGCAUUCAUAAUACGUGAUGAAAGAUGCCAAUUGUGUUUUCUAUUCGAUUUAAGUAUGUUUUUUUUCCACUACAAUUUUGGGAAAAAAAAUCAAGCUGAACAAAUCUAGAUAAAAAAUGCGAUGGGUUAAUUUUGUUUCUUUUCGCUGUACCGUAUACUUUUGGUUGAUCAACUUCACCUCCCAAGAGUGGUGUAUAAACGAAGGCCUUUACAAAUUGAACGGAACAGGUGAAAUUGCGUGUGGGUAGCAUGAUCUGUCGAAUGUCGAAAAUCGAAAGAUGCAUUGUUCGAUUGUGACUGGAGCAGAAAACGUGAACUGAAAAAAAAAAUCAUACAAGACAUCAUUCCAAAGAUGAAGCAUGUUAACUGAAAGAAUAAAGUAAUGAUUUAAAAGUGGAAAUAUAACUUUGCCAGGUUUCAGGUUGAUCUCAGUUAAGCAUCAUGCACACUUCAGAUAAUUUUACGCAGGGUUUGCAAGAGGACUCGAACUGGAAUGUUUUCAAAACCGUACAGCUCAUACAGGGAAUUCUUGGAAUUAUAGAAAAUAUUGUCAUAAUCAUAGCUUUCAUAAGAGUAAAGAAAAUUCGAACCAUCACAAAUAUAUUCAUCCUAAAUCUGUCAGUGACCGAUUUUGUAACUGCUGUGGCGACAAUUCCAAUGCCGGCACCACAUCCUGUGCCAGACACGUUAGCUGGUGAGUUAUACUGUCGCAUCAUUGGCUCGAACUUCUUCCUCUGGACGGCUAUAAAAGCGUCGGUACUAACCAUGGUCGCAGUGACGGUUGAACGCUACGCGUCAAUCGUCGCACCUUUGCGUCAUCGAGGAUUCAGUAUGCGACGGGCUGUUGUAAUAAUAACAUUAGCGUGGGUUGUCUCAAUCAUAGUUAACUCGUUUUCACUUUCAGUCACACGUAACGUUGGCGGGACCUGUAAAGACGUAUGGCCAGGAGAAAUUUUCCAGAAGUUCAUUGGAUUAAUAAUUUUUCUUCUGACAUAUCUUUUACCCUUGAUUAUAAUGAUCGUUGCAUACGCAACGAUGUUUUACGUGCUGCGCAAACAAGAUCGCAGAUUCAGACGAGACGGUGUUUUAGGUCAAAUAAAUGAAUACUCAUAUUGUAAAGCUAAACGUAACGUUGCCGAAUCGUUAUUUUUGAUUGUACUUGCCUUUACGAUAUGCUGGGCCCCUGAUCAAAUUUCAUUCUUAGCUCAAAAUAUGGCAAAUUUCGAUUACGUGAACAGCUCCGUUUAUCCUUAUUUUGUGUUAUUAGCUUUCUGUCACCCAAUCACCGAUCCGAUGAUUUACGUAUAUAAAAAUCGUCAGUUCAGGAAUGCUAUAAAGUCAGCUUUCAAAAAGAAAUAUAAAAUCACAGUGCGUUCAGACGUAGAGCAGUUUAUGCCAAAACAUAACGUGCCACUUAAUAGUCGAUGAUAGGCCUACAUCAGAAAGCCAUGGAACGGAAUACAAUAUAGGCCUAACUCAUAACAAGGGAGCAGGGUGCUCCCUGAUAAAUAUACAAAAGACGUUGAACGAGACUUGCGAUUGUGAUCAUCAGCUCCACAAGAACAUUCAAAUAGGCUUAUUACCUGUUUCUAAUGUUUUGAGCUCGUAUUUUAUGACAAUUUUUAUUGGACCACGUUCAAGGCACCAUUUUAUUGUCAAUUUUUAGUAAGGCUUAUUUAUUAUAUGCCUACUAACAGCAGCUAUCUAACGGGCAGCGUGUGAAUAGAGUCGAGUUCCUUUAGCUAAAAUGACUGUUCGUGAAUAAAAUCAUUAAUUUAGCUUUGACAAUGAGCAGUCAACAAAGAACUCUGGAGAUAGAGGUUGACUGCAAGUGAAAACGUGGAACGUGUGAAAUUAUAAUUAAGUGGCUGGCUGGUAAUAACUAAGGCUUACUUCUUAACCGAAUUAGUCAAGGGAUUGAGAGGAUGAUCAGAUACGCCAGUGAUCAUAGCUAAAAAUAUCGUAACAAAAACAUCGUAUUGAAUCCUUGCGUAUGCAGGUUUCCAUUUCAUGAAGGCAUAUGCGUGACAAAUUAAUAAUGACCAUUAAGAAAUAAUUUAAUUUAGGGCGCCGAUGGUUAUUAUUUGACAGCAUCAUCCUAUGCAAAGUAACUUCCCGUAGUAUAGCAUUUAGUUUGUCAAUAGAUUCUGGGUUUAUAUUACUGCUUUCCUGCAGGAUGUGCGUAUACGCGUACGACUGCGACCGGAACCGCGUACGUAUUACCGGAAGCGCGUAUUACAGAAACGCGUAUGUUGUUAUAAAAAUGUUGCAACUUGCAACUUGCAACGAAACGAUAAAAAGCUAAAAAGCAAAAGAAAAUAAAAGAAAUAAGAGAAGUUUUUACACUAGGACGAUUCGAUAAUGAUUUAUCGUGUAUACGAUAACAAAAUAUUUUGAGAAAUCAAUUCAAAUGACGUCAUAAUCAUGGAAAAACAAUAAAAUCUUUGUUACUACUACUGUCCAAUAUAAAAAAUUAUAUGUGAUAUUUGGAAAUUAAUUUCGGUCAACAGGGAUUUUUUUUAUUAGUGUGGUACUAGGCCAAAUCAUUAAUCUAGGGUAGCUAACCAUCAUACCCCAUGCAUUUUGGCUGGUUAAAAUGGUAGCGCUAACCACUGAGCACAAAAUGCCAUGGUUAUGGUAUGAACCUUUCAAACAAUAUACACAUAAUUAUUAUUUCGGGCUCCUCAUUGGGAAGAAAUAUAUAUUUUUUCCAAAAAUAAAUCCGAUUUUAGUUAUUUUGGGUCGGUCGGAUUUGGGCAACACCCUUUUUGUCCUAAUGUUAUUAUCUUUACUCGUUUGAUAGUUUAUAUAAUUUCAUGAUAAGUAUAUGUCGUCCUUGUACCUGGAUCAAACUCGUUGAAGAUAUCACGUUAUGCUGGAUGGAUUGAGUUACCUGCAGUUAUUAAGUCUUUGGUUAAUUAUCAUCCUAUAUUCGCGAUCGAACACAAUGUUCAAUCUUACAUAAUUACCAUUGAAAUGUCAUCAAAUUCGUAUCUCCUGAAACCAUAGGGUUCACCAUUAAGUUUUACAUAAGCCUAAAAUAUCCAGGAACGGGGAUAAACGAAAAAAGUUUGCUUUAUAUCAAACCACAAUGGCUUGUAUCACAUAUUAAGUCCGUUUCUUAAGUCUUCUUUAUUGUAUGUUACUAAAAAAAGGAUAACAUUAACAUAAAGAGAUAUAAUCUUUAUAAGCCUAACGAUGACCAGUGCAGCUCCACGGUCAGUUUUGAACUGAACUUAACUUUAUUGGAACACUUUUGUAUCAGUGGCACACACCAUCUGGUGGUGCAUCCAAAUAACAAGCAACAUUUCGCAAAAUACAAAGAAAAGAUAAAAAAAAAAACAACAAUCAAGUAAUUAAAAAACGAAUCAAAAUGAUAGAAAGUAAACAUUAAUUAGUACGAUGGAAGGAAUAUUCCAUGACUAAGAGAUGGGCUGCCCAAAUCUACAAGGCGGAGCCUUGCCGAAUGGAGCAGUGUAAGUUUCAGUGAAUUACUCAAUUACAAUCAGUACCGUUGGUCUUAAAUUUGAAACACACCUAAAAAAGGUCCCUGUCAUUUGAAAAAUUACAACCAUAACUACCAAAAGUAAUAAUAAUUUGUUUCUUGCUUUCCUUCUCCUUUCUUUUCCUUUUCUCUUUCUUCUUUUUUUUCUCCCCACAUUCUUUUUUCCCCUUCCCCUCUUCACCCCCUUUUUUGAAACAAUUCAAAUGACAAAGAGAAAUUUAGGUGUGUAAUAAAAUAAUAAAUAAUGAUAACAAUAAAUAAUGGCUUAAUAACAAACAACUUAAUGACUACAAACCUAACUACUACAGUAACAGUGAGGGAAAAAACAGAAAAAAAAACCAACUAAAAACUAAUUUACAGUUAAUUUGUUUAGGAGGGUAAUGUAGAUAGCAUCAAAGAUCUACUAGUCCAUGCAUUAAUUAAAUAUUCUUUACAAUGGAAAUCAAAAAUUUGUCUUAAUGUUACAUUUUCUAUAUACAUAUCAUCAAACAUAAGGUGACGUUUACAUUGCUGUGAUCAAUUUUUAAAACUAUGCCAAUAUACACUUAAACCAUUUUCAUGAAGACUGUCCCUAAUAAUUAUUUGAGUAUGUAAUAUCUCUAAUACAAUUUAAUCUAGUACAGUUAAAUAAGAAAUGUUCUACAGUUUUGGUUGUCCGUACAUAGUUUGCAUGUGCCUGUGUUAUGAUUAGACCAUGGAGGUAUUAUUUUCAAUAAUACCUCCAUGAUUAGACCAUGAUUGUUGAGGUAACAGUUUGCCAUCCCAAUUCACCGUAUAAUGCCUCUUUGGCAACACUACUUGGGGCUUUAAGUAUAAUCCUUGUCAUUUGGUAUUGCAUGUUUUCAAUUUUUUCUUGCUAUGUUUUUCCAUUGCAAAACCAAACUGAGCUUGCAUAAUUGAUAGUCGGCAAUCCAAUAGUUUUCCAUAGCAAGUCCCCGUAAAAGACUCUGUUAAAGUCUUCUUGUUCAGUUAGUAUUGACUUAAUAUAUGCAAUAAUACGGUUGCCUUUUUUAAUAACUUCAUUUAUGUAUUGUGUAUCAGAUAAUGAUCGAGAAAUGUAUACUCCGAGAUAUUUAUAAGUUUCACUUUCAGAAAUAUAAAAAUGAAGAUAACUUUCAUUGUCCAAUAUUACACCGGAUAUUUGUUUUCUCUUGACAAUAUGAAACACAUAAAGUACAUACGAUAUUAAAAAAUAAAAACACAGUUAAAUUUGGAA